CCUGGGCAUCAGUAUUUUUUAAAAGCCCCAGAGGAAUUGGAUGCAGAGAAAGAGAAUCUGAUGCAGUGCUCGAUGGUUCCAGAUUCUGCAUUGGCUCUUGAAACCUUGAUUUUUUUUUCAGAACUCUGAUUUCCUUAUUGAAAUAUUGAGCCUUCUUGCAGCUCAUUGGAGUCCCACACAGUUUCUUGAAUGCCUGCUCCGUGGUGGGCACUGGGCUAGGCAUGCAGGAUGCUGACAUGAAGGAGGUCUGCCCUGCUUGCCUGGAGCUCCCCUUGUCGGGGGGAGACACCACACAGCUAAGUCGCACUCAGUGGGACCAAAGUCACGCUGGAUGUAUGAACACGUCUCUGUGAGACACAGCUGGGAGAGGCACUGGUUUGCUGGGGCUGUGGAAGAUUUGAGUUUAGAUGUGAUCCUGUAGAAAAUGGGGAGUCAUAGAAGGUUCUUUGGGUUCAAAGACAGAAAUAAUGGCCACCAAUUCCAGAGCGCUUAGAAUGAGCAAGAUUGCAGGGAGCAUUGUCAAUGUAUUUAUUCUUUACAACAAUCACGUGAGGUGGAGGCUUUUAUGUUCUUCAUUUUAUAGAGAAGGAAACUGCAGCUCAGAGAGGUUGAGUAACUUACCUAGGUUCACACAGCUAUUGAGUAGCAGAGCUGGGAUUCAAAUCCGGGACUGAAAUAUCAAAAUUUUCCCAGUGCACCUUGCUGCCACUCUGCCAAGAAAGUGGCAGUGGGUUGGGGAUGACCUUCAAGAGAUAUUUAGUAAAUAAAACCAACAAGAGUUUGGGGCCGGUUAGAUGUGGUGAGGGAAUGGAUGGAAGAGUCAGAGGUGGUCCCUGUGUUCUAGCUUGGGUGCAUCCGUGAAGGGACAUCAUUAAUCAAGGCAGGGAGCUCUUGGAGGGAGGUUAGGGCACAGUGACAAUUGGCACAUCUAGGGAGAGGUAUCCCAUAAGAGGUAUCCCAAUAUGAGUCAGGAAACAGUAGAUUUGGGAGUCACUAUCUGAAUGACACAUUCUUGACAAACCCUGCAGGGGAACCUGACACACCUGUCUAGGCCCUAAUGGCCCAUCUCUUCCCACACCUCUCAGGUUUGGCGCAAGCUGUUCCCUUAGUCUAGAAGACCUUUCAUCUCCUCUGACUGCUGAUAGCCUCUUCAUUCUUCAAGACGCAGCUGAUACAAAUGUCAACUCCCCCAUGAAGCCUGCAUUGGGUUUCCCCUCUGUCCUGUGCUCCCCCAGUCCUUCGUCUGGUCUUCCAUUAUAUUCUGCUUUAUUCUGCUUGGGAUUAUGAAAACCCAUGUCCCUGUGUUUCCUCCCCUCCUCUUCAAGUUCCUUGCAGACACAGUUUCUCUCUGUCACGUACUUAGUAGGAGCUCCAUAAAGUAGAUUGAAUUCAACUGUUAGCUGAAAAGGCUGCUGACUGGCUGCCCAGAGGCGGGCAGGCGGUGUUGCUGGGAGCCUCCCAUCCCCAGGCAACAGUAUGAGUCAGGGUUCCCUGAUUCCAUCAGCCCCACCUCUGUCUACUUACCUACAGUCACGUGUUCCCUCUCUGUGUGCUCAGCCUAAGUGGAGCAUCCCCUUUCCUGGGAGACACGAAGCAGGAAACGCUAACAAAUAUCACAGCAGUGAGUUACGACUUUGACGAGGAAUUCUUCAGCCAGACCAGUGAGCUCGCCAAGGACUUCAUUCGGAAGCUUCUGGUUAAAGACACCCGGAAACGGCUCACAAUCCAGGAGGCUCUCAGACACCCCUGGAUCACGUCCAAAGGAGAAGUCAGAGCCCCGGAACAGCAGAAGACAGAGCCCCCCCAGCUGAAGACCAAGCGCCUGAGAGAAUACACCCUCAAAUGCCAUUCGAGCAUGCCCCCCAAUAACACCUACGUCAACUUCGAGCGUUUUGCCCGUGUAGUAGAGGACGUGGCUCAGGUCGACUGGGGAUGCCGUGCCCUGGCAGGGACCCACGACACCAUCCAGGACGAUAUGGAGGCCCUGGUCUCCAUAUACAACGAGAAGGAAGCUUGGUACCGAGAGGAGAGCGAGAGCGCCCGGCAUGACCUAUCCCAGCUCAAGUACGAGUUCCGCAAAGUGGAGUCCUUGAAGAAGCUCCUGCGAGAAGACAUCCGGGCCACAGGGGCCAGUCUCGGAAGCAUGGCCAGGAAAUUGGACCAUCUGCAGGCACAGUUUGAAGCUUUAAGGCAGGCGUUCUCAGCAGACCUACAGUGGAUCCAGGAACUGGUGGGCAGCUUCCAGCUGGAGAAUAGGAACGCAGAUGGCCUGGGCUCCGUGUUCCACAGGGACGCCAGGGAGUCCCUAGUGGAGCUGCCCGACAGAUCAGCCAGCAAGGAAGUCUGGGCCGGCUUGAAGCUCUGAGUACCAGAAUCUAGUCGGUGAUGCAUCCUGGAUGAUUUGCAGAAGCGUGCUUCCGAGUGCCCUGCCAGGGCAUCAGCUAGAAUUAUCCUGCGGGGUGUGUGUCUGUAGCAGAGCUUUCCACCCCCUUCACAGAAUCCAGAACCAGGAAGGUGCUAGCUAGUUAUUCAUUCUGCACCUCCUCUCACCAACCUGUGUUUCUGGGAGGGUGGCUGGCACAGAGAGCAGCCAGGCUGUUAAAACAAUUGCGAGUGAAUACCCCUCCGCAAACCCUUCUCUGGAGGGAGAAUGGCUGGCCCUGGGAAGAUGCUUGAUAAUUGAUUUGUAAUAAUGGAUUUGUUCACAUCUCACUUCCCAUCUCUGUGCCUUAGGGACUGCAGACCAAAGGGCAAUCUUUGCCUUAACUAGGGAUAACAAUAAGCCAGUGUGGUGCUUUCCUGCUACAGGAGGAGGGAUUUAAAAUGCACGGAGAAAAUAUUGCCUUUUAUUUGCACUGGCUUUUCACUUACUGAGCACUUACAUCUUUGAUCUUUUAAAGAACUCUGUGAGCAGGAAGGUGGGUGGUAUUAUUAUUGUUGUUACUAUUAUUUCCAUGUAACUGUUGAGGAAAUUGAUACAGAGAGGAAAAGUAACUUACUCAAGGUCUUUCUUAGCUGGUCGAUAUGGAUGGAACAGAAACCUAAGAAGCCUGACCCUCAGAUGAGGUCUAUGGGAAGAAAUAGUGACACUUUGCUAUAAAUAUCCACCUUCACGUUGAAGUUCAGGUCCAGAGGUAAAGUUAGCAACUUCAUCUAGUUCAUGUAUUCUGCCAGGUAUAGGUAGAAUGCCCCAUUCCUUUAGACGAUUGUCCCAAGAAGUGGGUCCUGGAGGGUGCAGUUCGUGGGUCCUAUCUAGCCCUAUCCCUGUCUGAAGAUCAGCUUGCAGAGCAGGAGGCAAGGGGGCAGCAUCUCCCCCUUUCCCCCCUCUACCCCUUCUGGCUAAAGUCCCCAACCUUGUGUUAGGACUAAAGACCAAAAGGAACUCGAUAAGAAGGUCCCUUUUCUUAUGUACCUAGGGCACUGGGGCCCUGAAAGGGCUGAGAAACUCUGAGAGUUUAAGACUGGGAAGCACAGGGCGCCUGGGUGGCUCAGUUGGUUAAGCGACUGCCUU